ACUCUACGCGCUGUGUUAGUAUACUGCAGGAUCACUUAUAGUGCUUAAAGUGAAAAACAAAAAUACUGAAUUCGAAUUGACAUUAAAAACCUUUUAACACUUGUUACUUGUGCUUUUAUUUUUAGCCUCACUAAGGAAUUCUAUUAAUAACACUUUACAUUCCAUUAAACCUGUUUGAUAAGGGAUGAGGUUGUCUGGUUGUCUCAAUCCGAAUUUGGAUUUAAGACAAGAGAAAACAUUUUUAGUUGCGUUGUUUGAUGCUGUAAAGCUCCCACUGGCCUUUAAAAUCAAUACACUAAUCCAUAUCAUGUUUUUGCUGUGAUUUUGUAAGAGUGACUUUCAGACAUGGCAGACACACUGGACGAGCUCCGCUUUCGCUGUAGCGUGUGUCUGGAGCUUUACACCGACCCGGUUUCGACUCCAUGCGGACACAACUUCUGCAAGCUGUGCAUUGAGAGGUACUGGGACGCCACAGAGGUGUGCCGCUGUCCCCUGUGCAAGGAGACUUUUUACAAGAAACCCGAGCUCCGGAUCAACGUCUCCUUCCGAGAGGUCGUCAACCUCUACAAAAACACAAACGCAGCCCAGGUCGUGAGCGGCGAAGGCCGCGAGGCCAAAGCUGGCGAAGUGGCCUGUGACGUCUGCGUAGGCGUGAGACUGAAGGCCUCGAAGUCUUGCCUGGUCUGCUUGGCAUCUUACUGUGAGAGUCACCUGGAGCCUCACAAGACAGCAGCUGCCCUGAGCAGACAUAAGCUGAUUGAACCAGUUAAGAACCUGGAGGACAGGAUGUGUAAGAGGCACGAUAAGAUCCUGGAACUGUUCUGCAAGAAGGAAGAAAGAUUCAUUUGUCAGAUUUGUGCUGAGAGCGACCACAGCCGGCAUCAAGUCGUGACGGCAGAGGUCAUGUCGCAGCAAAAAAUGAUUCAGAUCAAGAGGAGGGAGAGAGAAGUGGAUCUCUUGAUUCAGGAUCGGAAAAAGAGGAUCGAGGAAAUCAGUCAUUCACAGAAACGAACAAAGGAGAACGCACAGAACGAAAUAGAGGCAAGCGUUAAGGUGUUUACAGCUGUUAUUGAGUCGAUCAAGAAGACCCACGAAGAGCUUGUGGAAGAGAUUGAGGCGAGACAUGAAGCUGAACUGAAGAGGUUUGAAGAGCUCAUCAGAGAGCUGAGGCAGGAAAUUGAUGAACUGGAGAAGAAGAGCGUCGAGCUACAGCAGCUCUCGCACAAUGACGACCACAUCACCCUCCUGCAGGCAUUCAGCCAAGCGCACACACUGCCAUCAACUCAGAACUGGCCAAGCAUCCCCAUUAAUGAGCUGGAUUUCUUGGGUUAUAUACGGACAGCUAUGAUCAACGUGAGAGAGUUCAUCAACCUGGAAAUUAGAGAGCAGUCAGCCACAGAUAUUAAGAAAAUGCAGAAGUUUGCAGAGGACAUCGCCAUUGACCCUGACUCUGCAGGGCCUUGGCUUAUCGUCUCCGAAGAUGGGAAAGAAGUCAGGCAGUCUCCAAAGAAGCAGAAAGUGCCGACCAGCCCAGCAAGGUUCACAGAAAACACUUUUGCCGUUGCUAAGCAGGGUCUCAGCAUGGGCAGGCACUACUGGGAGGUCGGGGUGAAGGAGAAAUCCAACUGGCUGCUGGGAGUGGCUUCCAGCACUUUGAAGAGGAGGGAGCAGAUCUCUCCCUCUCCAGAGAGAGGCUUGUGGACCGUAGAACACAGGGACGGAGGGCAGCACUUUGCGUGCAUGGAGAAACCGCUCCCUUUAGAGCUGAGUCCUCCGCCCCAGAGGGUGGGGGUGUUUGUGGAUUACGAGGAGAAGCAGAUAUCAUUCGUCAACGCGGAGGCCAAGACUCACAUCUUCACCUUCACGAAGUGCAACUUUCCAGAGCGGGUUUACCCCGUGUUUGAUCCGUGUUUGUCGACAAAAAAGAAGGAGGUGGCUCCUCUGAGAAUUAUGAUUGUGGAGAUUACAAAAUGAAAAACUGUUCAGGGUCAAACACUUAUUAAUAGACCCAGAGAAUCAAUGCGGUCUUCAUGUCACACCGCGGUGAGGUCACGUCUUGUGUCGUCAUUUUCUGUUUUAUUUUGUUUCAGGUCACUUACCCUUCCUCAUGUGUCACCGGUCUGAUUGUCUUCCCUGAGUACCUGAUUGUGUCCACCUGUUUCCCCUUACCCUCAUAGUCUACAUUUCCCUUGUCUUGUGCCGGUGUGUGAGUACACUCCAGCCUUGCCUCGUCCACGGCCACAAACCUCAUCGUUUGCCUUGUGUGUCCUUCCUGUUUUUGGCCUCUGUUUCAGAGAGAUUUUUUGUUGUAAGUUUCAUAGCUCAGGUUUUUGCCAUUGAAUAGCGUAUUUGAUUAUUCUUUUGUUUGUUCCUCCAUUGGAGUGACUUUUUUGUUCCCUCGAGUUCAUUCUAGCAGAUGGUUGUCCUCCAUUAGCGAGUGACUUUUUGUUCUUUGUAGUUUAAUUCAGUCCAGUGUUUUUCCUCCAUUUGGAGCGAUCUUCUGUUCAUAGAGAGAAUUGUUUAUUUUAAUUUGUAAUAUUUUCAUAGCCGUUUGAUUUCUUCUCUUCUGAGAAUUAUAAAUUUUUUACCCACGCGUCUCCUAGUAAGGAAGACGCACCUCAGGAGAUUUCAUAGCUCUUUCUUUUGCUCACUCUUCCAAGAGGUGUUUUCCUUUCGCCAUAACAAAAUAAAGUCUGCUGAUAUUAUUGUCAUAUCAUAUCAUAUCAUAUCAUAUCAUAUCAUAUCAUAUCAUAUCAUAUCAUAUCAUAUCAUAUCAUAUCAUAUCAUAUCGCCAAAGGGAUCAGUUGUGUAUUAUAAAGCAGUACAGUUUGUAGCAUGUGGAUUUCUUUGACAUUUGUAAAUAUUUUUGUCUGAUAUGACUGAAAGUGUGAACAUUACAUCCACAUACACUGAUACAGGCCUGAUGUGAUCAUCUUGUAAUUUAUAAUACUGCUGUAACUGUUCUAAAAUCCAGUUCUCAUACCAGUGUGUAAUUAUUAAAAUGUAGUGAUAUAGUAUGAAGCUGGAUGUAAUUUCAUUUAGUCUCACACAGCCUGUUUCUACAUAUCUUAAAGUUAUAGUAAAAUUACUGAGCAAUUCAAUACACAAUUACAAUAUAAAUAAAGAUCAAUGAUGAUACAUCUCCUGUCAUUGCUGUAUUUUGACUUACAGGGCAAAUGCACAUUAAACCCACUAUCACCAUUAAGGCUGCUGGCACCUUGCAUUUCUUUUCAUUUGCUUGC